CACCUCAAAACAAGCCUAAUAUCCUAGAACAUAAGAGAUAAAGCAGCUUCUGCUUUCGGUUACGACAGCUUCUUUCCUCUGGAAAAAAUGCUAUUAGCAAAAACGAAUGCAGCCAUUUCACAGCUCUAUUUCCUGUCAAGUGAAGUGACAGUUCCGUAUUAUCAGAAUGUUCUUCAGUCUGUCACAAAUGCCUCUUGAAGAUGCCUCGGUUCUCUAAGGACACCAUGAGGGCUACUCUUUGCACAAUAGUUUUCCUCUACUCUCUUCCGUGGAGUCUAAAUGGCCAUUUAACUACCAGCCAUAAGAACACCGUGGUUCCAAACACAGCAGAAAACGCAUCAGGGCAAAGGGAGUACACUAUUGAUUCUGGAAUAGACAACGUGGUUUCAGUUUCAAAAAGCAUUCAGAUGCUCCACCUCACAAGCCACUCAGAACAGCAAGGCAUCCGCUCGAAGACGCCCUAUGCUGAUGAUGAAAUAUCAAACCAGAGGACGAGUAAAAAUGCCGAGAAUGACCAACACAACUUGACAACUUUGCUGGCAAAAGCUAAAACAAAAUUAUCACAGGAAGUAGCAAGCACACCCCAAAAGGAACAACGAAAGAUGACAGAAAACUGGUACAGAGAGAAAUCUACAUCUCCUUUGCAGAAAGUGGUUACACAACAUGCCUUGGCUAAAAGGCCCAAUGCCACAAAUGCCAACGUUUCGCCAAAGGAACCAAGGAGCAUGGGACCUUUAGACACAUUUGAAGCCACUCAGGUUUUGGUUUCAAGCAUGCAGACAAGAGACUUCACAAGUCACUCAGAACAGCAGGGAGUUCACUCACGGUUCACGUUAAACGGUGAAGAAGAGACAUCAUAUCAUAGCAGGAACACGCAUGAUGAUCAAGGCUUGACUUCUAUGCUGGCACAAUCAAAAAACAAAAUACUACAAAAUGUUCCAACAACUGUACAAAAGGAACAGAAACCAACCAACAGCUCCCACAGACCACAUACUACAUUUCCUUUGCAGAUAGAAAUGACUACAGAAUUGAAUGCAUCCACUAAAGCACCCUAUACCACAAGGACAGAUGUUUUGCCAGAGGAAAAGACAAGUAGGCUAAAAGCUAUUCGUGUUUUAGUUUCAAGAAGCAAACAGACGCAACAGCUCACAAGUCACUCAGACCAGCGAAUCGUCCAUGCAAGGACACUGAACGGUGAGACACCAAAUCGGAGGACAAAGAGGAAUGAAGGUGAUGGUGAGCACAAGUUGGGACCAACUGAAAACCAUUCAACGCAGAGAGCACAGACAACUGCGCAAAAAGAACAAGGAAACAUGACCGAAAAAUCCCACAUACCAGACUCAACAUAUUUGACAAGGACUGAAAAUGCUGCAGAAUUGACUAAAACUCUCUAUAGCAGAAAGGUGGACACUUUAAGAACAAGCAUGGGACCUUUAGACACACAGGAAGUCAUUCAGGUUUCACAGUCAAGAAGUGUUCAGACGCAGGACUCCACAAGUCAAUCAAAGCAGCCUGACUUGCUGCAGACAUUCAGAAAUGAAGAUGAAACAUCAUAUCAGAGGACAAAGAGGAACGUAGAUGAUAACCAGCAAAACUUUACUACACUUGAGCAGCCUAAAAAGCAUACAACACAAGAGGUCACAACCACUCCACCAACUGAAAAACUAAAACCAACAGAAAGCCACCACAGGCUGCACAAGUCAUCUUUGCAGAUUGAGAAUGCUACAGAAUUUAACAUUUCAACCCAACCACCCAUUGCCAAGAUGACAAAUUUUUCGCAGAUAGGAACAACUAAGAGGGACCAUUCAGGGACACAGGAAACCACCCUGGAAACACUUUCUACUACUGAUUUAUCUGGACUCUAUGGUGUGGAAACAACUGAAAUGGAGGUCAACAAAAAUAAUACAUAUAAAGAUGUUUAUACAAGCCAUACUACAAUGAAAACUACAAAAGAACCAAGCCCAACGACUCAUGCCCACACUUCCGCAAUAAUAGCUGCAACAAAUGUCAGUGGGGCUGCAAGCACCGUUGGUGUGAAAACCACAGGGGGAAAAGACACAAUCAAAGGGACUCAAGGACCAGAGGUUAAGACUCAACCUGUGACUAAAACAAAGACAUCUUCAACCACUAAAAAGACCACUCCAAAACAAAGUACCACUCCAUCAAUCAAAAAAGACAGCCAAAAAGCGAACCCAGGUCCUGCUGUGGCAGGUGUGAUCGUCACCACAUUUUUCUUGAUGUUCAUAGCAAUCAUCAUUAUUUUGGUGAGAAAACGCAAAAUGCAGAAAAGGCAGCUAGAAAAUCCUGUGUGGGCAGGACCCUCUCCAUUUUUAGAUGGUGACGUUCAUCCAAACUUGCCAACUAUGGAUGAGUCCGAAGCCAUCAACAGACAAAGCUUCAACCAAUUGUCCAUUUCCAACCACUUGGUGUUUGGUAGGAACACCAGUGAGGACGUUUUUAUGGAAGAUAUCCCACAAGGUAGCACAUUUGGAGUACAGAAUCCAGAUGAGACCAAUGCCUCCAAUGGGAACUCAACAGCUGUUCAAGAUCCAAUUCAGGCAGAGGAAAACAAAAUCCAGGAAGGUCAAGCUCCUGUAGACUCUUCUUCUGACACAAAAACACCUUCACCGGAAACUGCACAAGAGCCUGAAAUAGACAGUGGAGAAUCAGAGCAGACUGAUGACCUUACUCCAUCUUCUUUCAAAGACAUUGCUAUUAAACCUCCACCCUUGGUCUCUAUAGAUCUGGACUCCCUUUCAGAAGAAGCAGCUCCUUUUCAAACAUCAGAUAGUGUUGAUUCACCUGCACCAUCACUGCCCUAGUGUUGUGAGGAAAACAGUUCUCUCUUCCAGAAGCAAUUACACAAAGAAGAUUUCUUGCAGAGGACUUAAAAUGUACUGUAAUGUUUAAAGACUCUCAAAGACCUCAUGAAAUUGCUGUAAUAGUAUUCAAAUAAUAGGUGUUGUUUUCUUCCAAGCACUGGUGUUUUCAACACAUUUAAGAGUCUUUGUCUUGACUAAUCAAUAUGCUUUAGUUACAAUAUGAUCAUUUGCAAUGAUUUUUGUAUUUGAUAGUCAAUGGCGACUCAAUCUGAGAAGAAUCUGAUUUAGUACAUGAUGAAUCAUCAAUGUGCUUGGUCCUUUUUGUCCAGAAGAAAAAAAUUGUAUAUUCUCAAUGUGUAUAUUUGUUAAAGUUUAGUCUAAGUACACCAUAAUAUAGCCACUUCAACAACGCUAAUAAGUAAAAUGUCAGAAAUCAUCUCGGUCACACUUUAUUUAAAGGUACAUUGCUUGAUAUUAUUUAGUCAUUAACUACCACUUUUGCCUCAGUAAACUCCUAAAUUGGUGCUUAUUUUUAGUUAUUAAGGUAGAAGUUAGGUAUAGGGUAGGAUUGGGGGAUACGUCAAGAUCGAGCAGAAAAUGUACUUUACAUGCACAAAUAAACAGAUAAUAUCUUUAUAACAGACAGGUAAUAAACAGGUACCAUUAGUUAAUAGAUAGAAUUGGACAUUAAACUAAAGUGUUACCAAAAUCUCUCGCUUGGAUUUCAUGAGGUCAUUGAAAUGUCAAUGUUUUUGUCAUUUUAAUACCUUAAAAGCAUCAAUAUUUUAAAGGUGUCUCAUUAGCUAGCAUAUCAUAAUCAUAAACCAGCUUGUCAUUACAUUUUGCGCUUUGGGUCUGAGAAAAAUGCACUAUAAAUAAAAUGUAUUAUUAUUAUUAGUAAUAGUAUUAUUUUCUGUUUAGAAUGUUAAUAAGGCUUUACUCGUGGAAAAACAACCAUUAGUGAUACAUUAAACUGCUUUAAGACUGUACUAGUCCUGGGUUAUAUGCAGAUCUAAACAGAAACUGCGGACAUUUUUUGCUAUUUCUGGACAGAAUUUAGAAAAAAAAUCUGCAGACUUAUGUGGAACAAUUUUGAGAGUAUCGUAAAUAAAAAUAAAAAGUAAAAAAAAAGUACCUUUUUAACUUCCACUUAAUCUUUACAACACAAAUCCAAUUAGAUUCACUUAAUUGGUAAACAAAGCAAUUCUCUUAUAUGAUAUAUCUUAUAAAAUAUAGAAAAUAUUACUUUACAAACUGUAUUGUAAAUAAAUCAUAAAAGCAUUUUCAUAUUUGCCAAUAAUAUUACUGAAAUUAAUUUCAAACUGAAUAAAUCUAAAUGCUCACACUUUGUUUUGACUUCUUGAUGAGCUAAAAAUCUGCUGAAAUCUGCUAAUUUCUGCGUGCGCAGAUUCCGUGUGGGCCUAGUUAUAUAGUGUGUAUUUAUAAGUCAGUUACAAGCUUACAGCAUGCAUGUCUAACUCGGACAUUAAAAACAAAGAAUCCAAUCUGAGUGUCAUCUGUAUUAUCGGCCACAAAAGCCUGUUUGUGAAUAAAUUACUGCAUUUCUGCUGCCACCAUGUGCAUCUCCGAUCUUUAAGCCAAAAGGAACUGUCAAAGGGAACCUGACAAGGUCCAACAAGAGCUCACUCUAUAUAUACAAAGUGUUUCAACAUCGUGGUCUUGUGUCUUUUUUCCACAUCAGCUAUGAAAAACUAAAUGGGUAAAAGUUAACUGCAGGAAAU